GUAUCUUCGUGAUCGUCUCAACGACAAACAAGGAAAGAUGGUCGCAACGGAUAUCAGCAAGAAGGGCAAAGGUCUCCGCGUCGGCAAGCGGAAGGGCGCCACCAUCCGCGAUGUCAACGCGUGGCACUGGAUCAAGACAGCUGCUCGCCACUUCAAGUGUGAGGGCAACCUCUUUGUUCCGUCCUGUACGGAGCUCGUGAAAACUUCCUGCGGCCGCGAGCGUGCCCCGCAGAACCCAGACUGGUACUAUAUCCGCUGCGCUGCCGUCCUGCGUGCGAUUUACCUUCGCCCGGGUGUCGGCUACGGCGGCCUCAGCAAGCGCUUCUCCAACAAGAAGAACUACGGCAGCCGGCCUGAGCACAUGGUACGCGCGGCCACCGGUCUCCUCCACUGGUCCUGCAAGUCCCUCACUAAGCUCGGCCUCGUGAGCGGCGGCAAGACGUCCGGGCAGUGCCUCACAAAGAAGGGGCGCAUGUUCGCCGACUCACUUGCCUUCCAGGUCCAGGUUCGUAAGUUCCACUCCAAGGAGUAAGGAGACGCGAAAAAAGUAGCAUCGCUAUAGGGAAUGCCUUCGUGUAACACGUGGUCUAUGAUUAUCCUCCUUUCCAGUGUGUCUGGCACGUUAUUUCUUCCCUCCCCCUAAAAAAUCCUUCUCUUUCUUUUUCAGUUGAUUCGUCGAGGCUGCAUUUAUUUCCGUUUCUUUAUUGCCUUUACACAACUUAGCAAUGCACAGCUGUGGUGCUGCGCGACUUAAGAUCCAAAAUGAUUUUUCUUCUAUUGUAUUCCCUUCGCAUAUAAUUCUUUCGUCUUCCGUCGCAUCGCUUUUGUCAUUUUCGUUGCGCUUUGCUUGCUUUUUAGUAUUUGAAA